AUGGCGGUGGAGGUCGACUCCGAGGGUGUCUUCCACGAGUGCACGGUGGAGGAGGUCAGCAGCGACUGGAAGUACUGCGCCGUGAAGUACACGGACGGCGGCGAGGUCGAGGAGGACGUCGACAUCCGCGGCCGGUUGCGGAGACCGCGGCCCCCCUGGAUCGGCGCGGGCAUGAGAGUUGAGGUCGAGUACGAGGGGGAUUACUACGCUGGCAAGGUGACGAAGGUCAGCAGGGACAAGUCGACAUGCUCCGUGGCGUACGACGCGGAGGACGAGGAGGACGAGGACGACAUCGACGUGAGGACGCGGGUACGCCCGGAACGGGUGAAGUUGGACUCGCUCAAGAAGGGAGACAAGAUCGUAGGCAGGGUCACCAAAGUGCUCGACUUCGGCGCCUUUGUAGACAUCGGCGCCGUAAAAGAAGGCCUGCUCCACGUCUCCGUGCUCAGGAGCAGGUUGGACGAGUCCCCAGCGGACGUUGUCCAGAUUGGCGAGGAGAUCACCGUGUACGUGGACAGAGUCUCUGAUGACCCUGUGUAUGGGGUCAAAAGAGUAAGUCUCGUCUUGGAAAAACCCCAAGUCUACGAUGCGAAUCGUCCGCGGUAUUGCCCCGAUGUCUCACCGUGGAUUGGCGUGGACAGACGCCAGUGGCUGACAGGCAAGGUGGUGAACAUUGAGCAGGGUCUUGGACUUUUUGUGGAGGUGGAACAUCCCACGGAGGGCAAGGUCAUCAAAGGCAUGGUCCACAUCACUAAGAUUGCCAACGAGUUUGUAGAAGACAUUUUCGACUACGCAGACUUUGGCGACGAGGUCAAGGUCAGGGUCGACUACGUGGAUGCGAGAUUGCAGAGGUUGGGCCUGACGAUGUUGGAGUGA